AAUUGUUUUAGUCAAGCUUCCUGAGGCAGGGUUGUGGUCCGUCUUGAUUCCCAUCUUGGUAUGAAUACCAUCACAUUUUAAAUGUUGUGUGACGUUUUAUAAUCCAGAUAGUUUCUGGUUGUUGAAUCUAUGUUUUAGAGCACAUCUGUGUCUUUUGGAUACCAUAUUUGUAUGCAUUUAUUUUUGCAUGAGAAUUUUGUUCAGUCUUGAAUUGAACUGAAUUAUUUGUUUAAUCAAUCACAGGUAUGCCAGAGCCCUUGGCGCAUUCUAUAUGAGGCUAGUUGGAACCUCGUUGGAAUGUUUCAAGUAUCUCGAGCCUCUGUAUAAUGACUACAGAAAGAUGAAAAGGAAAGGUCUCGAUGGAGUUGUGAGUGUCCUACACAUGGACGAAUUUAUUGAUGAGCUUCUUCAUGAAGAAAGAGUUUGUGAUAUAAUUCUUCCCAGAAUACAGAAAAGAGACGUACUUGAAGAAACAGAACAAUUAGAACAGAGGAAAAGUGCAUUGGAUGACGAUCUUGAAGAUUUGGAGUCAGACGAGGACGUAGAUAUAAAGACUUCCCCACCAAGACACAGAAGCCGUACGCCAGAAAGAAGGAGAAGGCGAAGCCGCACCCCAACACGAAGGAGAAGAUCCCGUUCCCGAUCCUAUUCUCCACAUCGAAGACGCAGAAGUCCCAGCCCAAGACGUCACCGACAUCGUUCUCGUUCUCGAUCUCGUUCGCCUCGCAGUCAUCGUCGUCGUCAUCGAUCUCGCUCCCGAUCUCGGUCUCGUUCCAGGUCACCAAGAAGGAAAGGACGAUAAGUUUCCUCCCUUGCUUUUUACACGAGUACUUUUAAUGAAAACUUUUGCUUUAGUUGUAUUUGUUUGAUACACAGAACCUGUAUAUUUUCAAAACUUAUGAAAAGAAGAAAACCCCAAAUGUAUUUUCGAUAUCCUACUUGCAAAGCGAAUGGAUCAAAUUAAUUUGUCAGACUUUUCUCUCUCUGAAACCGAAACAUUUGCCUUAGGUAAUGGUCUUGAGUAUUUAGCCAUGGUUUUUUAGUCGUUAUCUUUUGGUGCAGAAAUGGAGUAUGGUUUAUGAAUCAUGCAAAGAGAUGACAAGCUUCGCUGCCCGGCUUCUCUAAGGCGAUCCAGGAAUCUUUAAGACCAUUUUGCAUCUGAAUGUACACCAACAAUACACGGAUCGAUAACAGAUUAAAGAUUGGCCAUGGUUUAGGCAAAUAAAGUAAAUCCCUGCAAAGAAGAGCCUACUUUUCGAGAGUUUGACUGUUUUUGGAUCUUGUUUCGAAAGUACAUAAGGAUGUCUAGGCGUCAUAAGUUCUUACAAUAGGCCCUCAGCAACAAUAUGUUUGUUGAUGGUAACUUGAUCGGUGAAGCAUAACAGAAGGGGUGUCUCUUCAUAACAACAGAAGGCUCUGAGACGUUGUCUUGUGUAAUAUGACUGUUUAGGCUAUUGUAAAACCUUAUGCCUGUUUAGGCUAAAAAAAUAACACAUCAUGUUUAAUAAAAAAAGACAGGCUGUACGAAGAUCAUAAAUUCAUUUAGUUCUUCUUUGCAGAGAUGUUUUGCCAAUAGUGGCGAAAUUAUCCUACUGUUUGGAAUAUUAAGUAAUCAUUUUGGAAUUUCUGAUUACUAAGCAGCUUUAAUUUAGUUCGAAAGUCUAUCAUUUUUGUAUGCACGUCUUUUGUGCUGUUUUCUCUACUUUUAAAAAACCUUAUUUAACUAUCUUGAAAGGUAAUGUUUUCAGUGUUUUAGAUUCUCUCUAUUCAUGCCAAACCCGGAGAUGUUUA